AUAUAUAUUCAUUGCUACAAGCAUUUAGGAACAACACAAAUCAUUCACAUUCCAAAGCAUCACAAUAUCAAAAACUUUCUCUUGCUUACAAGUCUUUUUUAAAACAUCUUUUCAAGUUUAACACAUACAACAAUGGGUUUUCUUUUUCCUAGUAUGAUCAAAAGAGCAUCCUCUUCAAAAGCUAUGGGCAUUCCAAGAGGAUAUGUUGCUGUAUAUGUUGGAGAGAAACAGAAGCGAUUUGUGAUCCCAAUAUCAUACUUGAACCAACCGUCGUUUCAAGACUUGCUGAGUCAAGCCGAGGAAGAGUUUGGAUACGAUCAUCCGAUGGGUGGCCUCACGAUUCCUUGCACAGAAGAUGUCUUCCAAAAUACAAAUACAACUAUGGGCUUUCGUUUCUCUGGUAUCAUCAGAAAGGCAUCAUUUGCAGCAAACCGAGCAGCUUCGAAAACUGCAGACAUGCCAAAGGGAUAUCUUGCCGUAUAUGUUGGAGAAAAACAAAAGCGGUGUGUGAUCCCCAUAUCAUACUUGAACCAACCAUCGUUUCAAGACUUGUUGAGCCAAGCUAAGGAAGAGUUUGGAUAUGAUCAUCCAAUGGGUGGCCUCACCAUUCCUUGUACCGAAGAUGUCUUUCAAAAUAUAACUUCAGGCUUUAAUGGGCUAUGAUCCUGUCACCAACAGAGACUGACAUAGUUUAUUAGAAUUUAAUUUUAAACUAGGCAUCUUAUCGAAUUUUAAAGAUGGGAAAAAAUAACCAUUAGAUUGACAAAUUGUAUAUAUAUUUUGUUUAAUGAUAUCGAACAUGAAUACUCAAGAAGCUUUUCUAUGU